AUGGCCAUCAUGUCCAUUUACACCUCCCUCCGAACCUCGCUCGAAUCGCACCUCAGCUCGGCCCUCUCCACCCUCGAAAGGAUACGCCACGAACCGACCCGAACGAUCGAUCCCAUCACCGAUCCCAUCGAUGAUCAAACGAUGGGUCGCUUGGUCGAUGGCGUGGUUGGUCGUCUGCAGGGAUUGAUUGCGGAGGAUGAGAAGGCGCAAGAUGGGGAGAGACUGAGGAGACGGAAUGAGGUGGUAAGGCAAGCGUUGGAGAGGAGCUUGGAGGAGAGAUUGCAUGAUACGGUAAGCGUAUGGUGCUUGAAAAUCUUUUGGAAGGUUGGUGGGGGAAGCUGAUGAUGAGUCCUUGUGUGCAUCAGGCCUGGUCAAGCGUCGACUCCGUGGCCGGUUCGCCGGCGCUGCAGUUCGACCUGUUGGAUUUGAUGCAAACCUUUUCGGAAAGAGGUGAGAUUGCAGCAGAUAAUCAAAUGAAACAUGAAGCACUAAGCGUCGCAUCCGAAACCCCCUCACAAACAGGCCACACGGACGUCGUGAGCCCUCUGAAUGCUAUCUCGGCGCUGUUGGACAUGCAGACCAUCUCGCAAUGCGAGAGCACAUGGCUCUAUAUCGAAUCUAGGUCUAAACGAUUGACAAAGGUCAGUAGAAUGAAUCCCAGCGCCACGCGAAGGAAGGUGAGCCAUUGGCAGUGAGGCCGUGACUUAUCCCUUCCUUUAAUCUCAUCUCCAGGACAUGGUCCCAGGCAAAGGCAAAGGCCUCAUAAUCCUCCGUAUGCUCAACGAACUCUUACGACGCCUCCCCCGCUCCAAACAAGAGCACGUCAUUUUCAGCGGUCGGAUCCUCGUCUUCCUCAGUUCGGUCUUUCCGUUGAGUGAGAAGAGUGGAGUCAAUUUGAGGGGCAACUUUAACACAGGCAAGAAGACGUUGUAUGAUGAGGACGCGGGGAGGAAGGGGGAGGAAGAGGGUAAGAAGGAGGGGAGAGAGAAUGGGGAGGAAACAGAUCCAGAGCAAGAGGAGGACGGGAAAGAUCGUCAAAAGGCCGCGGACCAGGAGAAGGAGACGGAGCCGACGGCGGAGGUCAAAGAAGGUGAGCAGACUGCGUGGAAUAAAGACCAGUGACGACCCAUGUACUCACAGCUCGUACCUUGCGUACUCUCCCACAGACAAAGUCGAUUCGUUCUACCCAAUCUUCUGGAGCCUCCAGAGGAUCUUCACCGACCCAGUCGGGCUCGUCGCUUCUCCUCCACCUGUGCGAGGACCGGACGCGCUCGACGAGCUCCGACUGCAGCUAUCCAAGACGCUCGACAUGUUCGCCGUCGAGACCAAGAAGGAAAAAAAUCUUACUGGGGCUGCGACGGAUCCGACCAAGGUCGUGGCGAAUGGGAAGGCUCUGACUUUGGCGAUGGUGACGGAUGGUCUGGUUGAUGAAGAGGCGCUGGGGGAGUACUUCUUCCCGCGCUUCUUGACCAGUCGGAACUUGCUCAAACUCGAAGUGAGUCGAGCAUCGAAGCACGCCCCAGGAUCUGCCAAGUUGACUACUGAUCCUGGGAAACGUUUGCUCCGUUACAGCUCGCGGACCAGACUUUCCGUCGCCAGAUCCUCGUCCAAUUCCUCAUCCUCUUCCAAUUCCUCAUAUCCCUCACCCCUCCAGAACGAAUACGGACCCUAAGCCAUGGCGUGACAAAUACGCUUGUGUAUGGACCUCAUGAAGUGGGGGCGAAGCAUGAGAAAUGGCUGAGGGAUUUGAGAGAGCGGUCCGUGAGGGAGUUGGAUGCGAUGCAACAUGGGAGAAGGUUCAGGGAUGCGAUCGAAGUGAUGCUCAAGAGGGAACAACAUUGGGUGAGUCGCGAGGGGUAAUCCUUUCACGAGGUGAAGAAUGAGCAUGUGCUGAUGAUCUUUGAGCGAAUUUUUAACAGAUCAAUUGGAAACUUCAAUCCUGCAAACCCUUCGAACUCUCCCCGCUCCCUAUCGACCAAGUCUCGAAAACCGCGCGCUCCAAACUUGUUACCCUCUCCCGCAAACCCAAGAACUACCCUUACAAACUCGGGAAUCCCGUGCUUUCCAGACUUUGGGAAAGGAAUCUGACGACGUUGAAGGAUUAUGAACUGGAUUUACCUAGGGACGAUUUCGAUUCGUUGUUGGUUGAAUGGCAGAGGUGUGAGAAGAUGAUCAAAAGCAAGAAGGCGGUGAUGGAGGACGAGUCGACGGACAAGGUCAAGAAGGAGGAGGUGAAGGGGGAAGUUAAGCAGGUGGGUCCUGAUCACACUUAUAUAAUAUCUGCAGGAAGGUGGACUGAACUUGAGUGUGGUUCAUGUCAACACAGCAUGAAUUGCGUCUGUAUUCAUUGCAUUGGCGAGCGACGAGGGCCGCGUCAUUGCAGCAUUUGAACCUCUUCAACAAGAUCAAGGCAGGCGAUUUGGAUCUGUUGCUCAAGGCUAUUGAGGAUACGAAUCGAGCACCGGAGGAACCGACCUCGCCCGAAACGACACAGCAAGUGGGGGAGAAGGUUAAAGAAGGUACGGCAGCGGAGGGACAGAAGGAGAUGGAGGGGGUAGAGGUGGAGAUGGAGAUGGCACCGCGGCUGGGGUCCACGAGGGAGGCCCCACCUCUUGAAGGCGAAGGAUGGAUCCGAAAGCCGUCGAGGGUCGUGUUGAUCGAAACGGAUGACGAGAAGUCGGUGCACGGGUCACCGAAACGGUCCAUCGCAGACGCCGCGAUUGAAGGGGUCGAUGAAGGGUCCGCAGCUUCCGAGGCAAAGCGAGCCAAGACGGAUGAGGAAGUUUGA